GCACGAGGAGAGGGAGGAGCCUUGGGGGUUGUUUUUUUUGUUUGUUUUUUUGUUUUUUUUGUUUUUUUUUGCUUUGCAGGUCGACCCUUCCGUGCGGUGGUGGCAGUAAGUGUGAAGGGCUUGAGUGCUGCGCUCUAUCUAGUAGGUGGGCGCAUCGGUUAGCCGCUGCCCUCCAGAGGGGCACGGCGCCGCCUUCUGCCUUUUCUUCACGUGGCGGCAACUGUUGGCUGCGGGAACAGUCCGGGUCCUUCCGGGUAGGUCUGGCCCGCAGGUCUCCGCAGAACUUAGAUACUAUAGAUCAUCAGUGGAAAACUUCCUGAAAGAAGAAAUUGUUGGAGAGAAAUUUGAAAGUGGCAAAAUGGGAGACAAAGAAUUGACAACAGAUGUAGAGGACAGCAUGGAAGUAAGUGCAGCAUGGAAGAAGAGAGGAGAGUAUUAAAACAAGUCUGAGUUCAGAAGAUUUUACUUCAUUCAUUUGUUUAACAAAUUUAUUCAGCAAAACUUUGUUGAAUACCUACCGUUGCUAGGUAUUGUCCUAGGCAACAGAACACAGCAGUGAACAAAACAGACAAAAAUCUCCUGCCCAUGUACAACUACAGCUGAUGAUGUCUUCCAGUUUCAAUAUAUACAGAGUUGGCAUCUCUUUUGUCAUGAUGUGCAUUUUUUAUAAGUCAGCAGUAGACUCUCUAUCAGAACUGAGCCCUCAGAAAUACUUCAGUACAUUGCAACCGGGAAAAGCCUCCUUAGCUUAUUUUUGUCAAGCCGAUUCUCCAAGAACUUCCAUAUUUCUUGAGGAACUGAAUGAGGCUGUUAAACCUCUCCAGGACUUUGGAAUUUCAGUUGCAAAGGUUAAUUGUGUCAAAGAAGAAACAUCAAGAUACUGUGGAAAAGAAAAGGAUUUGAUGAAAGUGUAUUUAUUCAGGGGCAACAUCUUACUGAGAGAAUUCCCUACUGAUACCUUGUUUGACGUGAAUGCCAUCAUUGCUCAUGUUCUCUUUGCUCUUCUUUUUAAUGAAGUAAAAUAUAUUACCACCCUGGAAGACCUACAGAACAUAGAAAAUUCUCUGAAAGGAAAAGCAAACAUUGCAUUCUCAUAUGUAAGAGCCAUCGGAACACCAGAGCAUAGAGCGGUCAUGGAAGCUGCUUUUGUGUAUGGGACCACGUACCAGUUUGUCCUGACCACGGAAAUUGCCCUUUUGGAAAGUAUUGGCACUGAGGCCAUAGAAAAUGCACAUUUCUACUUUUUUCAUUGUAAACAAGUCUUGGAUUUGACCCAGCAAUGUAGAAGAACACUGAUGGAACAGCCACUGGCUACACUAAACAUUCAUCGAUUUAUUAAGACAAUGGAAGCACCUCUGCUGACUGAAGUUGCUGAAGACCCUCAACAGGUUUCAACCGUUCAUCUGCAACUAGGAUUACCACUGGUUUUUAUCGUUAGUCAGCAAGCGACACAUGAAGCUGACAGAAGAACUGCAGAAUGGGUUGCUUGGCGUCUUCUGGGGAAAGCGGGAGUUCUACUCUUGUUAAGGGACUCUUUGGAAGUGGACAUUCCUCAACAUGCUAAUGUGGGCUUCAGAAGAGCAGAAGAGGGAGCGCCAGUGGAAUUUUUGGUGUUACAUGAUACUGAAUUAAUAAUAUCCCGUGUGGAAGGUAAUACACACAUUGAAGAAAUGCAAGAAGAUGAAGAUGAGGACGUGCAAAGUCCAGAUAUGGAUAUUCAAGAUGAUGAAGUGGCAGAAACUGUUUACAGACAUAGGAAGACACAGUUACCUUUGGAACUCACAGUGGAACUAACAGAAGAGACAUUUAAUGAGACAGUAGUGGCUUCUGAUAGCAUAGUGCUUUUCUACGCUGGUUGGCAGGCAGUAUCCAUGGCAUUUCUGCAAUCCUAUAUCGAUUUGGCAAUUAAAUUGAAAGGCACAUCCACUAUGCUGCUUACUAGAGUGAACUGUGCAGAUUGGUCUGAUUUAUGUACUAAGCAAAAUGUUACUGAAUUUCCAGUUGUAAAGAUGUACAAGGAAGGCAAGCACCCAGUAUCUUAUGCUGGUAUGUUAGGAACUGAAGAUCUCCUAAAAUUUAUCCUGCUCAAUAGGAUUUCAUGCCCAGUGAACAUAACAUCUGUGCAGGAAGCAGAAGAAUAUUUAAGUGGGGAAUUAUAUAAAGACCUGAUCCCCUACUCUAGUGUGUCUGUGCUGGGACUAUUUAGCCCAAACAUGACCACAGCAAAAGAAGAUUUCACCAAAGCGGGAAACUACCUAAGAGGAUGUGUUAUCACUGGAAUUUAUUCUGAAGAAGAUGUUUUGAUACUGUCAAAUAAAUAUGGGGCAACACUUCCAGCUCUGCUGCUGGCCAGACACAAAGAGGGCAAAGUAGAGAGCAUUCCAUUCGCUAACUCCCGUGUGCAAGACAUAGUUCAAAUAGUGACAAAUGCAUUACUGGAGACAUUUCCAGAAAUAACUGUGGAAAACCUUCCCGUUUAUUUAAGACUUCAGAAACCAUUACUUAUUUUAUUCAGUGAUGGCAGCAUAAAUCCUCAGUAUACAAAAGCAAUAUUGACGCUGGUAAAAGAGAAACACUUGGAUUCACUUACCCCUUGCUGGUUAAAUCUAAAGAAUACUCCUGCAGGAAGAGGAAUCCUACAGACAUACUUUAAUGCUCUGCCUCCCCUUCCUCUUAUUGUUGUGGUGAAUCUGCAUUCAGGUGGCCAGGUAUUUGCAUUUCCUUCAGAACAGGCAAUCACCGAACAAAACCUUUUACUGUGGCUUAAGAAGUUAGAAGCAGGACUUGAGAGUCCGAUCACAAUUUUACCUGCUCAGGAAUGGAAACCUCCUCUUCCUGCUUAUGAUUUUCUAAGUAUGAUGGAUGCCGCAGCAUCUCAACAUCCCACAAGGAAAGAGCCUGAGUGUACAAAAGAAACUAACAUGCAAAAGAAUGAUAAAAAACAACAUGAAGAUAAAUCAACAAUCAGAAAAGAACCAGUUGAAACACUGAGAAUAAAGCAUUGGAAUAGAAGUAAUUGGUUUAAAGAAGGAGACAAAUCAUUUAGGCAUGACAAUAAAGAAUUGUGAUGCUCAAAAGAGUUAUGAGCUGGUUUCAUAGGGCUGUGGAGAGCUUUACAAAGUCUUUGUAGCUUAUUUGGUAGACUGAAGAAUUUAUUAUAAAUUAAUACUAAAUCACUUCCAGUCUCUAGGCCAUUGUUGUCCAAUGGAAAUAUAAUGUGAGCCAUAUAUGUAACUUAGAAUUUUAUAGUAGCACCUUUAAAAAAAGUAAAAGCAGAUGAAAUUAAUUUUAAUAUUUCACCAAGUAUACCCAAACUAGCUCAGUUAACAUAAAAAUUACGAUAUUUUUACAUUCUUUUUUUCUGUCAAGUCUUCAAAAUCCAGUGCGUAUUUCACCCUCACUAUACAUCUCCCUUCCGAUGUGACUAGUGACUGACUACUGUACUGGAAGUUCAGCUCUAGACAAAAACUGGUAUAAUUAAUUUAACUUGGGUCUAGCCAUGAUAUAUUUUGAAUUAGAAUAAAAAUUCACCUCUAGGUUAA